AUGCCGGGCACGGAGCCCGGCGCGCCGCCUCGGUACGUCCUCCCGGGUCCCGCGUACUCUCCCGCGGAGGCCGCGGAGGCGCGGUUCCGGGAGAAGAUCCAGGCGGAGCGCGCCGCGGAGAAGGCGGCGACGCAGAAGAGGUACGACGCGUUGGAGGCGGCGGAGGCGGCGGCGAAGGCGGCGGCGGAGGCGGCGGGGCCGUGA